GCUUUUAGAACAAAGACUUUUUGGAAAAAGAUGAGUGCACCGAAAAACACAGAGUGCGAGACUCCGACAGUCAGGGAAGUGCAGCAAAUGUUUGCAGAACUCCUAUGUCACGGCGACGAUAUCACUUGGGAUCUAUACUCCGAGAACCAGGCAGAAAUUCUAAAAAAAAAGGUCAAGGAUUUCGAAGAUCCUCAAGAAAAGUCACGUAGUUUACCUUAUUGCUAUUAUAAUCCAGGCUUUUUUAAAUCCAUAUGGAUGCAACGACAGUUCAACAAUGGCCAAUCCCUUUCAGCCUUAUUUUUUGUGAUGAUUGUCGAUAACAUCUCGGAUCCCAAAGAGGCCGAGGAAAGCAGAUCUUGGUCCCUUUAUCCGGUUUUCCGUUGCCGUCGUUGCGUAGACGACAACACUGGGAGAAACUUUAGCAGCCAGGAGUGCUGCAUGGUAUAUGUAACUCAGUACGAAUCCUUCGAGGACUGGGACAAGUUUGUGAAAUCGACGCGUUUGCCCAAGGGAUACAUGGUCACUCCGUUUCGGGGGGUCUACAAGCUGAUCGAUGGUCAGGUGGAGCUUAAAACGUAUUAUAUUUGGGAACGUAGCAACACCGUUCUACCAACCGGCCAAGAUCGCUGCAUAACGCCAAAGUCCUUGGCAGCAGCUACCAAAUGUCCUAGUCAUGGUGGUUCAGCAGAUAAGAUUAGAGUUCUUGAUGUGCUCCCUACGUCGAAGCUCUGCGUAGCUGCUUCUACAAGUACUAGUCAGGCUGGAAAUAUAAAGAAAGGCGUAUACCAAGUUGGACUUCUCAGUGGCAUAUCUAUAGUUCAUAAAGUGAUGGAAUGGAGGAUUUGUUCGUGCGACAGAAUACUAUAUCUUCUCUUGAGCCAGCGCGAAGGCCAGAAAUCCUCUGAUGCGAGCGAACUCUCCGAUUCCCUACUUUUAUUUACUCACACUACUAAAAACCUCCAGCUGGCAUUGGAUAUGAUUAAAGAACAAUCAUAUCGCAAUGUCCUGGGCAACGAACUUAAAAGAGUUUUUGAUAAAAUCUCUGAGGAGUCCAAACGCAUUGAGGGUAAAGUGGAUUUGAUACGCAGCGCCAAUGAAGUGCCUUCUAAAAGUGAGCUGGACAACAUGUUUAAACCUAAAUCAAAGGUCAAAGGUCGUUCCUCAAAAAAAGAAAGUAAAGAAUGUAUUAAACUGGAGGACUUUGAUUCUGCUUUAAAGGAACAUAUUUUGAAUAGAGAGAGUUUUGACGACCUGAUCUCUAGCUUGUCUAACAACUUGGAACCGGAAAUGCUUAAGCUUAUUGUUAAGCUCACCCAAACAUUUGUCGAAAAUACUCGGGAGGAAUUGUACCAGUUGUUGAAAUAUCAUUUCCCCACAGAGACAAUUAUGUACCGGAUCAUUGUGUGUAUCUUGAAACGCCAUUCCGACUUAAAUACUAAAAAGAUUGAAGAGCAGUCUUCGGAUAUUUUGAGGCGGGUUCGAUACUAUUUUGCUUCAAUCUGCCCCAAUUCUCGGCUAGAUCUCUUGACAAAAUGCCCAAAGUGUGUGGGUUACUACCAUAUUUCUAAAAAUAUGUAACAAUAUAAUAUAUUUAAUAAAACUUAAGGAUAAGUUUAUCUUUAGAAUGGAAAUAUA